GUUUCUACAACAAAAAAUAGAAAUUCAGAUUUGGGUGAGGUGUCCACUGUGCAUAGAGCCACCGUAUAAAUCAAACUGAAAUCGAACACUACUUUCCUUCUUUCAUUCACUUCUCCUACCACUACUUUCCUCCCCUCUUCAUUCUCUGAUAGCCCCUUUUUAGGGUUUCUUCUCAUCCAGUGAAGCAUUGUCUUCUGUAUAUCUUUCUGCCGGAUUCGCCGAAAUGAAGCUUACUGUUAAGACUCUCAAAGGCAGCCAUUUCGAAAUUAGGGUUCUGCCCAACGACACAGUUAUGGCUGUCAAGAAAAAUAUUGAAGAUGUGCAAGGAAAGGAUAAUUACCCAUGUGGGCAGCAGUUAUUGAUUCACAAUGGUAAAGUUUUGAAAGAUGAGACUACUUUAGCAGACAACAAAGUCACUGAAGAUGGUUUUCUUGUUGUAAUGCUUAGCAAGAGUAAAACUUCAGCUGGGACCUCAUCAACCCAGUCUUCUGCUGCACCUACAACUACACCAACUUCAAACUCAUCUCCUGCAGUUGAAGUUCAAGCACCGGCCGCGAAGAGCACAUCUGCUUCUGAAGCAGCAACAGCUACUGCACAAACUGAUACCUAUGGUGAUGCUGCUUCAAAUUUAGUUCCCGGUAAUAAUAUUGACCAGACUAUCCAACAAAUAAUGGAUAUAGGAGGUGGGAACUGGGAUAAAGAAACAGUUACUCGUGCACUUCGGGCUGCCUAUAACAAUCCAGAACGAGCAGUAGAUUACUUGUACUCUGGUAUUCCAGAAGCAGCGGAAGUUGCUGUCCCAGUGUCUCAUUUCCCUGCAGGUCAGGCAACUGAAACAGGUACAGCUGCACCUGCAUCUGGAGCACCCAAUACGUCUCCCUUUAAUAUGUUCCCCCAGGAAACACUUUCUGCUGCUGCCGGUGGUGGGGAAUUUGGAUCCCUUGAUUUCCUUAGAAGCAAUCAACAGUUUCAAACAUUGCGAUCAAUGGUUCAGGCGAAUCCACAAAUUUUACAGCCCAUGCUUCAGGAACUUGGAAAGCAAAACCCUCAACUAUUAAGAAUGAUUCAAGAACAUCAUGCUGAAUUUCUUCAGUUAAUAAAUGAACCUCUUGAAGGUUCUGAAGGGGAUAUAUUUGAUCAGGUUGACCAAGACAUGCCUCAUGCAAUAAACGUGACCCCUGCUGAACAGGAGGCUAUUGAACGGCUUGAGGCAAUGGGAUUUGAUAGAGCCCUUGUUGUCGAGGCAUUUUUGGCUUGCGAUCGCAACGAGGAAUUGGCGGCUAACUACCUGCUGGAAAAUGCUGGAGAUUUUGAGGAUUGAGCUGAGAACUUUACCCAGUUGGAUUCAUAGGUUUUUUUUUUAAAUUUAGUUUUUUUUUUUGUUUUUAAAUAAUUAAUUAUUAUUAUUGUUUUACAGAUGAGUCUUUGUCAGCAUCCUUGGUAGUGUAUGGAUUUACAUAGUAAAACCCUGAUAACGAUUCCUUGAAAGUAAAUUUUGAGAAUGUGUUAUGUCUUGUUUUAA